UGUAAAGGUUGGAUUAUUUGACUGCUGUAUGCGCUUUGGAGAGUUAUUAUUAAGGACAAUGGGACGGCUCGUGCUGCUGUGUUUCUCGUUGGCUUUUGUCGGAUGUGCGCUGGGACAGAUCAGUUAUUCUAUUCCGGAGGAAAUGGCCAGGGGCUCGUUGGUCGGUAAUAUUGCUCAUGAUUUAGGUCUCGAUGUUAAGCGGCUGCAGUUGCGUAAAGCUCGAAUUCACACAGGGGAAAGUGACGAAUACAUUCAGUUUAACAAGGAGAGAGGCGUCCUCCUUAUCAAAGAGAAAAUAGACCGUGAGGCCCUUUGUGGACAAACGACUCCGUGUGCUCUACAUUUACAGAUUGUUUUAGAAAAUCCAAUAGAAGUAUUUCCCAUCACUGUUGAAGUCACAGAUAUUAACGACAAUCCUCCAUUAUUUGACAAACAAGAAAGGCGAUUUGAAAUAAGCGAAAUAGCUGCUGUCGGCUCUAAAUUCAUGCUGGAAACAGCCAUAGAUCCUGAUAUAGGACGAAAUGGUCUCCAGAGCUAUGCACUAAAGCCCAGUGUUAACUUCAUACUCAAGCUGCAUGACCAAUCAGACGGAGGUAAAAAGGUGGAGAUGAUUUUGCAAAAGUCCCUUGACAGAGAGAAGGAGGAGACUGUGUCCUUACUGUUGACAGCGGUAGAUGGGGGAGAGCCACAGCGGUCAGGGACUAUGCUUAUUCACAUUACAGUGUUAGAUGCCAAUGACAAUGCUCCCGUAUUUACCCAGUCCAUUUACAAAGCGAGCAUUAAAGAAAACGCUGUAAAUGGGACGCUCAUAACGCAGGUCAGCGCCACUGACGCAGACAAAGGCAGCAAUGGAGAGGUUAGUUAUGUCAUCGGAAACAGCAUGAGGGGCUCCUCCAAAAUUUUCCGCAUAACUAAAGAAGGAAAUAUAUUUCUGACUGGACCUAUUGAUUACGAAAAGGACAAAAUGUAUGAAAUUCAUGUAGAAGCUACAGAUAGAGGAGGUCUUUCUGAUUCCAGUAAAGUUGUAAUAGAAGUAGGAGACAUAAACGACAACAGCCCUGUCAUUGCCGUGAUUUCUAUCUCCGAAUCAAUAAUAGAAAAUUCUCCUACAGACACAGUGGUAGCUGUAAUCAACGUAAAUGACGCAGAUUCAGAGGAAAACGGCAAAGUCAAAUGUAUUAUUAAUAAGAACAUUCCUUUUGCAAUUUCAUCUUCCGCCAAUAAUUUAUACAACAUCAUCACUGACAGUGAAUUAGACCGAGAAAGAAACUCAAAAUAUAAUAUCACAGUCACGUGUUCAGAUGAGGGCGUGCCCUCUCUCUCCAGCAGCGUCACUCUCACAUUACACAUCUCUGACGUGAAUGACAACGCGCCUGUCUUUGACAGGAGCUCGUAUGAGGCCUACAUUGUAGAAAACAACAGCCCGGGCCUCUCUAUAUUCACAGUGAAAGCCACAGACGCUGACUGGAACCAGAACGCGCGUGUCUCUUACAUACUGGAGGACUCCUCUGUUAACGGAGUGCCAGUCUCCUCAUAUGUGUCCGUUAGUGCAGAUAGUGGAGUCAUCCAUGCAGUGCGCUCCUUUGACUACGAGCAGAUCAAGGAUUUCCAGUUGUGCGUCAAAGCGCAGGACGGAGGCUCUCCUCCUCUCAGCAGCAACGUGACUGUGAAAAUUCUGGUUCAGGACCAGAACGACAACGCCCCUCAGGUGCUGUACCCAGUCCAGACUGGGGGCUCUCUGGUGGCUGAGAUGGUGCCUCGUUCAGCAGAUGUGGGCUAUCUGGUCACUAAAGUGGUGGCUGUGGAUGUGGACUCUGGACAGAAUGCCUGGCUCUCCUAUAAACUGCAGAAAGCCGCAGACAGGGCGCUGUUUGAAGUGGGCUCACAGAAUGGAGAAAUAAGAACUAUCCGCCAAGUGACUGAUAAAGAUGCAGUGAAACAGAGACUGACUGUUAUAGUGGAGGACAACGGGCAGCCCUCUCGUUCAGCUACAGUCAUUGUUAACGUGGCGGUGGCGGACAGCUUUCCUGAAGUACUGUCUGAGUUCACUGACUUUACGCACGACAAGGAGUACAAUGACAACCUGACUUUUUACUUAGUGCUGGCUCUGGCUGUAGUCUCCUUUCUGUUCAUCACGUGUGUAGUGGUCAUUAUAUCAGUGAAAAUCUACAGAUGGAGACAGUCUCGCAUCCUGUAUCACUCCAAUCUGCCAGUGAUCCCAUAUUAUCCUCCACGUUACUCAGACACUCUGGGCACAGGGACCCUCCCACACGUGUACAAUUACGACACGUGCAGGACCACAGACUCCAGAAAGAGUGACUGUAAAUUUGGCAGAGCUGGUAGUCAGAACGUGCUGAUAAUGGAUCCCAGUUCAACAGGGACGAUGCAGCGGAUACAGAGUGAGAAGAGCAUCCUGGACGAACCAGACUCUCCUCUAGAGGUUAGCGUCUUUCAUACUUUCCUUUCAAUGCAGUGUUGA